AUGCCAGUCCGAUCUCGAUCUCGAACUCGAACUUACCAUGAUUGCAAGCAAUUUUGCCGAAGCAGUUCCAUAUGUGGUUCAUUCUUCGCCAUGAUUUGGUGCAUUAAUAUGCUCAUCUCCGCAGUGACUUCGCUGGGUUACGUCAGCAAAUUCUUUGAUGAAUGGAUAGAGGCGGAUGCCUUGAUUAUUGGUCGCAACAUCUCCGUGCACUAUCGAAAUAAUAACCGGAGUCAGAGACGACUCAUCAGCAGUAAUAUUCCCAAUUUUGCAGCGGACAGUUUGCUAGGAAAUCAGUCCAACCUGUUUGAUAACAUUACGGAUGGCAAUAAUAGUCUCAUCAACAACAUUGACAUAGUGGACGAUAUCGGCAACACGACUGGCACUGGAAACAGCAGUACCCAAGGCAACGAUGGCAACAACGUCACCGAUAGCAACGGAGACGGCGAUUCGAACAAGGACUUGGACGAUACUGAUACCAACAGUGCCACAGCGGCUCCCACCACCACUCCGCCACCUAUGGAGCCAGGAUUUGGAGGACGAUUGGUCUAUUGCGCGGAAGUCCAAUUUCAGCUUGUCGAUGACGAUAUAACCAUUACUGCAGUCAGUGAUACCUAUUGUUCCUAUGAUCCCACGGACAUUAUUGUGGGAAACAUGUUUGGCAUAUUGUACAAUCCUGCCGCUCCGCAAGAAAUCAUUGAAGAGUCCCUGUAUUCUCAUGCCCAAAAUACCCUACGUUUGACAGUGGGAGUGACAGUCUUUUUUACUGUGGGAUACCUCUUGUGCAGUAUAUAUUUGUGGCGGUCGCAGCCGGAUAUGUCUCGGGUCAUUUUCCCGCAAUCGGGGCGUGAUCAUUUGAACAUGAAUGACGGCGGCAAUCCAAACGAGAUUGCGCAAACUCGUGAAGAGCGGGAGGCUCUGAUGAAGACCAAGUUUCACUUUCAAACGGUCUUGGAAGAUUUGAGCAACACUGAUGCAGCGAAUAUCAGGCGGCUGUGCCUUAAUGGCGAGGAAGACGGUGAAGGCAACCAGUGCGCUUGCCAAGCUGGUUGCGGCUGUAAUAACAAAGCAUCUGAUGGAGGUCAGAAAGGCAAAGAAACUCCACUGCACGAUGAUAUCGAGGCGCAACAGGAACAAAAGGACGAUCCAUUGCAGGGGAAUACAAGUAAGGAGGACGAUAUGGAGUUGGACCUCACGAAAAGGGAUAACAGGGAUGAAAAUAGUGCUUCCAACACGGAAGCUGAAACGGACACUGACGCUGGGAGCAACAAUCAGGGUAGCGAAGGAACCGAGAGGAACGAUACCAAGAAGGAAGCGCAACAACAACAGCAGCCGCCUCAAGAGCAAGAAUCUGCAUGGUCGCUUGCUGGUGCCACAAACCUCAUUUCUUCUUGGACUAAUGCUGCUUUGGCUCCUUCUGCACCUGAAUGUUGCAUCUGUCUAGAAAACUAUCAACCAGGUGACAAAAUCUGCACGGCCAAAAGCGAUGGAUGUGACCAUGUCUUUCACCAACAGUGCAUUGAAGCCUGGUUGCACCGACAUGAUGCCUGUCCAUUGUGCCGUGUCGAUCUGAUGAAUACUAAUUUAGAGGAGUAA